GGGCGACGUCCGUGCCGGGUUUUGCACCUUGUCCCCGGGUCUGCCUCACGGCCUGGAGGAGCCGCCGCCGCCGCUGCUGCUGCUGCUGCUGCUGCGGUGUUUACCCAGCGCUCCUGUCCUGAUAUCACUCCGCUGGCAUGGAGGAGGAGGAGGUGGAGGAGGAGAGCAUUUGAUCAUUGUGAUGGUGGCAGGAGGAGCAGCAGCAGCAGCAAGCAAAGCGGAGCAAAGCGUUAGGCUGUAUCAGCUCGGCGUUUGGGUUUUUUUUGUUUUGUUUUUUUUUUUUGCAAAGACUUCAGAGCUCUACUUCUUUUUUUUCUUUUUCUUUUUUUUUUUUUUUCUCCUCUCCAGCUCGGCCCGGAUUGUUCAUGUGUUUACUUCCCCCAGCCCGAGGAUUUGCUAUUUAGGUUCCUGUUGAAAUGCAACCGAGCAGCCAAAGUACUUUGCGAACGCGGUGCGGCAUAAACACCAAAACUUUUUUCUAGAAGGAAAAUACAAUAAGAAAGCGGCUUGGCCUGUCUUUUGAUGCCGGGGAGUGCGAGUGAGUGUGCGGUGUGUGCCCGGCGUGCGCUUCUGCUUGGAUGUGUGUGUGUGCGAACGUGCGUGUGAGCGGGUGUGUGUGUGUGUCUAUGUGGGUGCAUGUGAAGGGGCGCGUGUGUUUAUCCAUGGGGAGAGAAGGCUUUUGGCAAAACCUCCGGAAAUCUCACGGAAUCUAUUUGGAAAUGAUGGAUUAUAAAAAAGAAAAAGGAGGAAAGGAACUGGUCUGAUAUCUCUUGGAGUUUGCUAUCCGAAUUGCUGCCGCUCAGUUUGUUGUGCUUCUUUUUUUUGUGUGUGUGUGUGUUUGUUGGUUGUGUUCGUGGUGAUAACCUUUUAGCACCUUCUCUCUUUAUCCCCCCCCCACCCCCCCUCUCUCUUUUUAAUGUUUUGGAGCUUCUCGAGAGGGAUUGGCUGGGGGGAAAGAGAAACAUUUGCUUGGGAUCGCUGUUUCCCUGAUACAUGGUGGUGCCCCCUCCCCCCCCGUUUCUCUAAAAAGUAUCCCAUCAGGACCCCGGAGGAGACUCUGUGUGUGUGAAGGGUAGGAUAAAAAAAGUUCUUCCAAAAUAGUGUGCCCGGGGAAGAGGAUGGGGGAUUUUGCAGCCCCCGCUGCCGCCGCGAAUGGCAGCAGUAUCUGCAUCAACAAUAACCUGAACAGCAGCCUCAGCGGGGCCGGCGGGGCCGGUAUCGGGGUUAACAGCACUCCCCACGGUCCUCCCGCCGCCGCUCCCGGUAACAAUAACGCUAACAGCGGCGGCGGCGGCAUUCCCAAGCACAGCACCGUGGUGGAGCGGCUGAGGCAGCGCAUCGAGGGCUGCCGGCGGCACCAUGUCAACUGCGAGAGCAGGUACCAGCAAGCCCAGGCGGAGCAGCUGGAGCUGGAGCGCAGGGACACGGUGAGCCUCUACCAGCGGACCCUGGAGCAGAGGGCCAAGAAAACCGGCACCGGCACCGGCGGCAGCAAGCAGCAGCAUCCGAGCAAACAGCAGCAAGAUGCCGAGCCUGCCACGGCGGAGCAGAGGAAUCACACUCUGAUCAUGCUUCAAGAGACAGUCAAAAGGAAGUUGGAAGGCGCACGUUCACCUCUCAAUGGAGAACAGCAGAAUGGAGUUUGUGAUGGGAGCUUUUCUCCGACCAGCAAGCGGAUACGGAAGGAUGUACCAGGCAUUGAGGCAAUCAACAACUUGCCCAAUAAUUUACCUUUGCCCGCUGUCUCUCCUCUUCACCAGCUUGACAUGAAAGCUCCCCUGCCCUUGCAGAACAGUGGUACUCACGGUAGUGGUCUAGAAGACUUGGGUAAAAAUGGUGGGCUUUCUGAGAUAAAGCUCCCUGUUAAUGGCUGCAAUGAGCUAGACAAUAGUUUUAACAUCCUGCAGAACAAGGAGCUAAAGCAAGAGCCUUUGGAUGAUCCCAGCUGCAUAGACACUUCUGAAACAUCCCUUUCCAAUCAGAAUAAGCUCUUUUCAGAUAUUAACCUGAACGAUCAAGAGUGGCAGGAGCUAAUAGACGAACUAGCGAACACCGUUCCAGAAGAUGAUAUACAAGACUUGUUCAAUGAAGACUUUGAAGAGAAGAAGGAGCCGGAAUUUCCCAGGCCUGCCACAGAGACUCAAGAGAGUGCAAGCGUGAAAAGCGAUCCAUCUCAUUCUCCAUUUGCUCAUGUCCCAUUAGGGUCUCCCCAGGUGAGACCUUCUUCUUCCGGUCCUCCGUUUUCAAACGUCUCCACAGCCUCUAGCAUAGCUUCUGUGUCCAGCGCCCCACCAGCCCCAAUCCCUGCCGGCUCACCAGCAAACUGUGUUGUUCAGUCACCUCAAACUCCCAGCCAGGCCCACACUCCAGGACAAACACAGACACGGUCUGGCAAUGGCUAUCUUAUGAAUCCAGCAGCAGCAACCGUGGCUGGAUCAGGGCCUGGGCCUGUGAAUAUGCCAAGCGCUGACUUGUCUCCAGCCGAACAGCUCAAGCAAAUGGCAGCCCAGCAGCAGCAAAGAGCUAAGCUCAUGCAGCAGCAGAAGCAGCAGCAGCAUCCAAAUCAAGCCUCAAGCUGGUCACCUGUGGGCCCUCCAUCUAGUCCGUACGGAGGACCCUUCAGUGCAGACAAACCAAAUAGUCCAAUGGUGUAUCCCCAAGCCUUUAACAACCAAAACCCAAUAGUGCCUGCUAUGGCAAACAAUCCACAGAAGACCACAAUUAAUAACUACCUCCCUCAAAAUCACAUGAAUAUGAUCAGUCAGCAGCCAAAUAACCUGGGCACAAACUCCUUAAGCAAACAGCCCAAUAUGCUUUCUUACGGCAACACCAAACCUCUGACCCACUUCAAUGCUGAGCUGAGUCAGAGGAUGACCCCACCAAUGGCAAAUCCCAGCAAGAACCCCAUGAUGCCCUACAUCCAGCAGCAGCAGUCCCAGCAGCCGCAGAUGCAAGCUCAGAUGGCGCACCUGAGCGAGGAGCAGAAACGCAUGCUCAUCAUGAAGCAGAAAGGAAUGAUGAAUCAGCCCAUGGCAUAUGCAACACUUCCUUCCCUUGGUCCGGAGCAGCAUCAAGUGGGGUUGUCUCGGACCACAGGGCCUAUGCAGCCUUCUGUCCCACCGGGCUCCAGCAGCGUGGUCACAGGCACGAGCUCUGGGGGCCCCUUCCUGGGAAACCAACCUCAGGCGGCCAUCAUGAAGCAGAUGCUGAUCGAGCAGAGAGCCCAGCUCCAUGUGAUAGAGCAGCAGAAACAACAGUUUCUAAGAGAGCAGAGGCAGCAGCAGCAGCAGCAGCAGAUCCUAGCAGAGCAGCAGUUGCAGCAGCAGUCACAUUUGCCUCGGCAGCAUCUGCAGCAACAGCGGAGCCCGUAUCCGGUGCAGCAGGUCAAUCAGUUCCAAGGUUCUCCCCAGGAUAUCGCAGCUGUGAGAAACCAAGCAGCCCUCCAGAGCAUGAGGACAUCCCGAAUGAUGGCCCAGAACGCGAGCAUGAUGGCAAUGGGUCCUUCCCAGAACCCCAGCACGUUGCCCACGACCGCAGGCCAGUCAGACAUGGGCAUGGCUCCUUACAGCAACGCCUCUUCCAGCCAGCCAGGAAUGUACAGUAUGAGCACAGGGAUGAGCCAAAUGUUGCAGCACCCAAACCAAAGCGGCAUGAACAUGGCACAUAACGCAGGCCAGGGAACGAGGCAGCCUGCCUCCGGACAAGCAGUGGGAAUGGUGGGCAAUUUUGGUCAGAACAUGCUGGUAAACUCUGCUCUUCCCCAGCAUCAGCAGCAGAUGAAAGGAUCCGUGGGCCAGGUCUUACCCAGGCCACAGGCACCACGGCUUCAAAACCUGAUGGGGACUGUCCCUCAGGGAACACAGAACUGGCAGCAGCGAGGCUUACAAGGUAUUCCUGGAAGGACUAGCAGUGAAAUGGGGCCCUUCAAUAAUGGCACAACGUACCCGAUGCAGUCUGGGCAGCCACGGCUGUCCAAGCAGCACUUCCCGCAGGGGCUUAAUCAGACGGUUGUGGACACGAGUGGAACAGUAAGAGCCCUGAACCCAGCGAUGGGAAGACAGUUGCUGCAACCACUACCUGGGCAACAAGGAGCCGGCCAGGCCAGGCCGAUGGUGAUGCCUGCAAUAAGCCAAGGGGUCCCCACCAUGGCUGGCUUUAGUCAGCCUCCCACGCAGCAGAUGCCAGGUGGUAACUUUGCUCAGAGCGGCCAAGGCCAGGCCUACGAGCGGAAUCCCACUCAGGACAUAUCUUACAACUACAGUAAUGAAGGAGCAGGGGGGUCAUUCUCCAGUUUAGCAGAGGGCGCAGACCUUGUGGACUCCAUCAUUAAGAGCGGACCAGGGGAUGAGUGGAUACAAGAACUUGAUGAGUUGUUUGGAAACCCCCAGUGAAUGGGCUUGUAUAGUCUGGAGCUUUGGUUAUUCCGUUUGGAAAAAAAGCAAAGAGAGAGUCGGAUGUUCUCCCCAUCCUUGGAUUGUUGGUUUUUUGUUUGAAUUGGUUUGGUUUGGGGUUAUUUUGUUUUCUUUUGUUUUUAAUUGUGCAAACUGAGCUGAUCUGUAGCCAACUUUGGAAGAUUCAGGGGACGAUGAAAACAUCGGCAUCCCAAGACUUCCACCAAGCAAUCUCCGUUGCGUGGCAGCACCCGCUGUGUGUGUGUGGGGGGCAGGAUGGGGAAACUGGAAAAGCCAGGUGAGGCCUCUGGUUGGGAAAAUUUGGUCUUUCCCUGCUGAAACAAGGCUUCAUUGCGCAGGGGUAUGGGGUGGUCCCGAUAUCUCCCACCUCAUGUAACUGUAAACGCUGCAGCUUUCAGGGGAGCAGGUGAAAACAGCCGGGAGCGAAGCCUAAAGACGUCCACGGACGAUUGCACAGGCCCUGGUCAGAAACGGGCUUAACCCCGGGGGUCAGCAGGCCUCAGUGAGCCACGGCCAGGCCCACAGGGCUGUCACACGGGAACGUGCAGCACACACGUGACAAACCUAAACAGUCACAGGCGGGUCACCAUUUUCACUGCAGAGUGAUAAAAAAUCCAAUAGAAGCGUGGGAGACCGUAAAUUGUGCAGUGCGGUGAGGACAGUUUGAUUAGGGGAGUGCUGCUGGAGACGCCUUAGGUGGGUGGGUUAACGUAAUAAGCUGUUUAGUCCCUUUGGGACUUGCAAUCGCGCUUCCCUGUCAGAGCACUUUGGCAUGUAUCUGCUGCCUGGGGGUGCGGGACAGCGGCUUCGGAUGCUGUUGAAGGGCUAAGAGGUACCAAGAGGCAUCAGCACAAGUCCUACGCAGGUCCUUUCUUCUCCUUCUGCUCCAGUAUGAUUCAGUUCCCUUCCUUCCCCUCCUAUCCUUCAGCAAGGUGAGCUGACUGCACUUUUUUUCAGGUGAGCAACAACUGCCACAAAGGGGCAGGCAGGGGAAGGGAAAACGGGCCUGAGAAGAUGUACAGGGAGGGUUUGGCAGGCAGAGCGAGUUUCUGCUCUCCUCUUGAAAAGCGCAAGGUCGGCAGAUAGUAUUACCCUGGAGUGUCUGGGCUUUCAACAUGAUGUUACGUGCAACUCGGUCUUCAGUUUUAAACAGAUGUUUGGUCUAAUCUCUCUGGUUUGCUGGAAUAAAAUUCACUGCAGUGUUUGAAGAAGAGGGACCAGUGAAGGACUACUGUAAAGAUCAUUCAUGAAUGGAUAAAAUAAUUGAUAUAGUUAUUACAAACAUGGGGUCUGCCCGAAUAAGCUUUGAGGUGAUAGCGACGUAUCACUGCCUCUGCUGCGUGGACCAGUCCUGCGCCGCGCUGUAAUGAAGUUGUGAUACGUCUUGCACAAUAUUGAGAUGCCAGCCAUUCUGAAUGCCUCAAGCAGCGGUUCCCAAGCUGCAGUCUGAGCCUGAGGCAGGCUGUCCUCCGAAACCUGUCACCUUUUUAGUGUUUUUAGCUGGGAGCUGCUUAUCAGGGUAUACAGCAAUGCAUAAAAAAUGUUAACAUGAUCCACAGUCCAAAAAAUUUGGGAACCUCUGGCCUAAUGCUGGCCUCUGUGAGCCAUAAGAUGUGCUCUGUGGCGAAAAUGUCUCUCAUGUACAACUGCCAGUACCAAGUACCCAGAUACCGAUUACCUCCUUUGAGCUGCUCUCCUGGGGCCCGGCGAUGCGAGGGGCUCAGCCGCUGAAACCCACGGGAGCUGAGGCGCUUGGCAUCUUGCAUUUUGAAGUCCUGCCUUUCCCUGUGGAGCACAGAUGUGCAUCUCAUUGAGGAGUGGGAGCAAAAUGGGCCUGGAACCAUCUCAGCGCCCCGUUACGGUUCCCUCUCUGGGCUUACCUAGAUGAGGAGAAGUAUCUGUUUUAAAUGCUAUAAUGUAGGCAGGACAAGCUGCAUUUUUAACAUGGACUAGCUGGUCGAGGUGAGCUAUCAAUCCAUCUUGCCCUGACUGCUAAUUUUUUAAAAAAAUGCUUUAGUUACAUCUCUUUUAGCUAACCCCUUUUUAAAAUCCAGCACAAAGACCUAUUCCAGUUCCUACUGAAGAUGACGGGGGUUCACCUGUCCGCUGCUUCGGCAGGAGCCGGAUUGGGCCCUAAUUCAGUGAAGGAGAAAGCACCAGCCAAAGUUCUCGGUCCCUCUUGUGGGUAAGUGGCUCUUGGUCGGACGAGCCUGAAGGGAAGGGGCAGGCAAGCCGAGGAGAAAGGGUGCCCCGAAGGGUGCGUAGGUGUGUGUCUGUGCGAGCCUGGGGGUGAGGGAGGGACGAGCUGCUGUGGCACAUUCCCAUCCUGCCCCAUAGGACAGAGGAGGCAGCGAGCCCGCUGCGCAGGGGACAGUACUGGGGACAGCACAGUGUCCCUUUCUUGGGGUCCCCCUGCCAGCGCAGAGCUGGGGAAGAAGGGAUUAGAAAUACACAACCGGCAGGUGAAUAAAUGGUGAUGAAGACUGAGUCUCCGUUGUCUUUGUAAAGCUUCCUCCAAAUACUCUGUACUGGGACCAAGUACUAGAGAGGUAGAUUUUAAUAGAUUUGGGGUUGGUUUGUUUUUUUUUUUUAUUUCUUACUAUGGUGCUGAUGUAUAUGUAAUGUUAAAAAAAAAAAAGUUAUUUGUAAAUAUGUUUUUACAAUUCUACAGAUAUCACUGGGUCUACUAUCUGUAAAAUAUAUACAUAUAAAUAUAUAUAUAUAUACUGUUUGUUUAAAAUAGAGUAUUUUUAUUUCAUUCUUUAACUCAUCCUUACUGCAGUGGUAUUGCACUUCAGAUGACGUCUAUUUACUAAUUUGUACUGUACCCCUGACAGCAACUUCCUCCAUUUUAUUCAGAUUUUUCUAGUUUUCUGUUUUUACUUUGUACAUUAAGCAUUGCUUAUUUCCUUUUAAGACCUGUACAGAGGCUCUGAAAAUGUAGAAAAAGACCUGAUGUUAACA